CCAGAACCUUCCUUUGGCCCGGGCUGCGCUCUGAGCCAGGCACCGCAUUCGUAUCCGGAGGAGGAGGCGACCCCCGGGUCGCGGGAUGGAAGCGCGCGUCCGGGGGGCGCUGUAACUGGAGCCGCGGGAGCCAGCGGGCCGGAGAGCGCGGCGGGCCACCUCCGGCUCAGCCCGUGGAUGUUGACCGCCCCCUCGGGGAGUCCCCGCAGACAUGGCGGAGAGCUGGCUGCGCCUCUCGGGUGCAGGCGCGGCGGAGGAGGCCGGGCCCGAGGGCGGCCUGGAGGAGCCCGACGCCCUGGAUGACAGCCUGACCAGCCUGCAGUGGCUGCAGGAGUUCUCCAUUCUGAACGCCAAGGCCCCCGCCCUGCCGCCGGGGGGCACCGACCCCCACAGCUACCACCAGGUGCCAGGCUCGGCCGCGCCGGGGUCCCCCCUGGCGGCGGAUCCCGCCUGCCUGGGGCAGCCGCACACCCCGGGUAAGCCCACGUCGUCGUGCACGUCGCGGAGCGCGCCCCCGGGGCUGCAGGCCCCGCCCCCCGACGACGUGGACUACGCCACCAACCCGAAUGUGAAGCCGCCCUACUCCUACGCCACGCUCAUCUGCAUGGCCAUGCAGGCCAGCAAGGCCACCAAGAUCACCCUGUCGGCCAUCUACAAGUGGAUCACGGACAACUUCUGCUACUUCCGCCACGCGGAUCCCACCUGGCAGAACUCGAUCCGCCACAACCUGUCCCUGAACAAGUGCUUCAUCAAGGUGCCGCGGGAGAAGGAUGAGCCGGGCAAGGGCGGCUUCUGGCGCAUCGACCCCCAGUACGCCGAGCGGCUGCUGAGCGGGGCCUUCAAGAAGCGGCGGCUGCCCCCGGUGCACAUCCACCCGGCCUUUGCCCGCCAGGCGUCCCCGCAGGAGCCGCGCGCCGCGCCCUGGGCCGGGCCGCUGACCGUGAACCCCGACGCCCAGCAGCUGCUGCGCGAGUUCGAGGAGGCCACCGGGGAGGCGGCCUGGGGCGCGGGCGAGGGCAGGCUCGGCCACAAGCGCAAGCAGCCGCUGCCCAAGCGCGUGGCCAAGGUCGCGCGGGCCCCCAGCACGCUGCUGCUGACCCAGGAGGAGCAGGGCGAGCUGGAGCCCCUCAAGGGCAACUUUGACUGGGAGGCCGUCUUCGAGGCCGGCGCGCUGGGCGGCGAGCUGGGCGCGCUCGAGGGCCUGGAGCUGAGCCCGCCGCUGAGCCCCGCGGCGCCCGGGGACGCGGACCUGACCGUCCACGGCCGCCACAUCGACUGCCCCGCCACCUGGGGGCCCGCGGGGGAGCAGGCGGCCGACAGCCUGGACUUCGAGGAGACCUUCCUGGCCACGUCCUUCCUGCAGCAUCCCUGGGACGAGGGCGGCAGUGGCUGCCUGCCGCCGGAGCCCCUCUUCGAGGCCGGGGACGCCACCCUGGCCGCCGACCUGCAGGACUGGGCCAGUGUGGGCGCCUUCUUGUAAGAGGCGGCCCCGCGCCACCUCCGGACCGUGCCCCGUCGGGGCCCAGACUGCUCCCCCCACCCUGGCGCAACGGCCCAGGCAGGGGCCGGGCCGGGUCUCCGGAGGCGCGCCCCACGAGGCCCCCCACCGCCCCUCAGAUUCCGGCCCAGGAGGCUGAGAACGGGGCCCCCACCCCCACCCCCUACACACAGUGUUUCAUUGAUCCUCCUGUCGCCUGCCCAGGGUCGGCUCAGGCCCUGCACUGUGGGAGCUGCACCUGGGGGGGCCCGCCCCGCCCCAGGGCACCCCGGCUUCCAUGCCUCUCCCUCUCCCACUGUCCUCCCCAGGUCUCUUUCAGAGAAAGUUCCCAGGUACAACAAAAGCUAAUUAGGUGACAGCAAAUUAACCCCCGG